AUGCCACGCCCAAGUGUAAAGGAAUAUCUAGCCAGCAAUCCCGAGGAAGUGCUGGUUCUUGACGGAGGCCAAGGAACAGAGCUCGAGAACAGAGGGAUCAAGGUGGCCAAUCCAGUAUGGUCUACUAUCCCCUUCAUUAGUGACUCGUUCUGGACGGCGAAUGACAGCUCAUCGAAAGACCGCCAGAUCGUGAAGGAGAUGUACGAGGACUUCCUGAAGGCCGGCGCGCGCGUGUUGAUGACGGUUACUUACCAAGCAAGCUUCAAGUCCGUGUCUGAGAACACGAGUAUCACCACAUUGGAGGAGUACGAUGCCCUGCUGAGCAGGAUCGUGUCUUUUUCACGCUCUUGCAUAGGCGACGACAAGUGGCUGGUGGGGUGCAUUGGACCCUGGGGCGCCCACAACUGUUCCGAGUUCACCGGCGACUACGGCAGUGAACCCGAGAAAAUCGACUAUCUACAGUAUUUCAAGCCGCAGCUCGACAACUUCACUGUUAACGACGACUUGGACCUCAUCGGAUUCGAGACCAUUCCCAACAUCCAUGAGCUGAGGGCCAUUCUGUCUUGGGACACUACCAUUCUACCAAAGCCAUUCUACAUUGGUCUUUCCGUGCACGAGCAUGGCGUUCUGAGGGACGGCACCACCAUGCACGAAGUUGCUGAGCUCAUAAAAUCCCUAGGCGACAAGAUUAACCCCAACUUUGUAUUACUCGGGAUCAACUGCGUGAGCUAUAACCACUCUCCAGAAAUUCUGCGGUCGCUUCACCAGGAAAUUCCCGAACUUCCUCUGAUCGCUUACCCCAACAGCGGUGAGGUUUACGACACCGUCAAAAAGAUCUGGAAUCCCAAGGGAGACCACACGCUGACCUGGGACCAAGUUGUAAAGAGCUACAUUGACAGCGGCGCAAGAAUCAUCGGUGGCUGUUGCAGAACAUCCCCCAAGGAUAUCGCGGCCAUCAACGCAGCAGUGAAUAAAUACCGCCCUAACUAG